CUCUUGAACACACAAACUUCACUUCUUUUCUUCAUUCUUAAUUUUUCUUCAACUCUUAAGGUAGAAGAAGGAUUCAUGGGAUUAGCGGAAUUAUCAAUGAAUGAAAACGGAUAUCGUUCAUGGCUGAAGAAACAUCCAUCUGCAUUGGAGACAUUUGAUGAGAUGAUUGUGAAUGCCAAAGGGAAAAAGAUUGUAGUGUUCUUGGACUAUGAUGGAACUCUCUCCAAUAUUGUACCAAAUCCGGAUGAAGCUUUUAUGUCCGACCAGAUGAGAAAGGUAGUAGGUGAAGUUGCACGUUGUUUUCCAACUGCCAUCAUCAGUGGAAGAAGUCGCGAUAAGGUGUAUGAAUUUGUGCAAUUAGAUGAUCUCUAUUAUGCUGGCAGCCAUGGUCUCGACAUCGCAGCCCCUUUUCAGUGCAUUUAUGAGCUUGGACACCACCAAUUUGUUGAUAAAAAUGGUGAUGAAGUUGCACUUUUCCAACCAGCACAGAAAUACUUGCCUUCUAUUUUCAAGAUACUCGAUGUAUUGAAAGAGGAAACCCGCAAUAUAAAAGGCGUCAUGCUUGAAAAUAAUAAAUUUUGUGUUUCUGUACAUUUUAGACAUGUUUCUGAUAAGGAUUUUUUGUUGCUAGACGAACUUGUCAAAUCUGUGGUAGACGAUUUUGAAGAGUUUAGACUAUCAAAGGGCAAAAAGGUUUUUGAGAUCAGACCUGAUAUCGAGUGGGAUAAAGGACAUGCUUUGGAAUAUUUACUCGAGACACUUGGAUAUGGAAGUUCAAACGAUGUGCUUCCUAUUUAUAUCGGUGAUGAUCGAACAGAUGAAGAUGCAUUUAAGGUUAUAAAGAACAGAGGUAACGGAUAUUCAAUUGUUGUAUCUUCAACCCCGAAGGAAACCAUGGCUGUAUACUCUCUUUGGAGUCCGUGUGAAGUCAAGAAAUUUCUAUCACGUCUAGUGAAUUGGAAGCAGAGCUCAUCGUAA